AUGAUCAAACUGCAGGCAUCCAUCAAAUACGGAGAAGAGGAGUACUCUGGAGCAAAGACACUGGUAGAGCAGCUUCCCCAGGACGACCCAGACUAUGACGUGGACAUGGGCUGUCUACUCUACAAGGAGGGGGAGUACGAGGAGGCUUGCAAGAAGUUCAUGUCUGCCAUGCAGGUGCUGGGCUACCAACCAGAACUGUCCUACAACAUAGGUCUGUGCUACUACAGUAUGAAACAGUAUGGUCAGGCCCUCAAGUUCAUCGGAGAGAUCAUCGAGAGAGGGAUCAGGGAACAUCCAGAGCUGAGCGUUGGCAUGACGACAGAGGGCAUUGACGUGAGGAGUGUUGGGAACACCCUGAUCCUACAUGAGACCGCCCUCAUAGAAGGCUUCAACCUCAAGGCUGCUAUAGAAUACCAGCUCAAAAACUGCGAUGCAGCUCAGGAGGCCUUGACUGACAUGCCUCCCAGAUCAGAGGAGGAGCUGGACCCAGUGACGCUCCACAACCAGGCCCUGAUGAACAUGGAUAAGAAGCCAUCGGAGGGUUUUGAGAAACUGGCCUUCCUCCUGCAGCAGAUCCCCUUCCCCCCGGUCACCUUCGGAAACCUGCUGCUGCUCUACUGCAAAUAUGAGUAUUUUGAUCUGGCUGCUGAUGUGAUGGCAGAGAAUGCACACCUCACCUACAAGUUCCUCACCCCGUAUCUGUAUGAGUUUCUGGACGCCAUGUUGACCUGCCAGACAGCUCCAGAGGAGGCCUUCAGGAAGUUUGAUGAGAUGAACGCCAAGUUGACAGAUCAACUACGCAAGCUGACCAAACAGAUACAGGAAGCCAGGCUAGCCCGGGAUAACGAAGCCUUGAAGAAAACCCUCCAGGACUACGAUGAUAUGGUGGAGAAGUACAUCCCAGUGCUGAUGGCCCAGGCUAAGAUCUACUGGUAUAUAACUGUUUACAUUUACAUUUAAGUCAUUUAGCAGACG